AUGGAGCUCAACACGAUCCUCGUCAUCGGUGCCACUGGCCAGCAGGGCAGCGCUGUCUGCAAGUACCUUUCUUCACAAACCAAGACAAACAAGAUCCUUGCCGUCUCGCGUGACCUUUCAUCCGCUGCCGCAACAAGUCUCAAGGCCAUCCCUCGCAUCCAAAUGGUCACUGGUGACCUCAACAACCCGACCUCUCUCUUCUCCUCGGUGGCAGAGCAUGGAGAUACCAUUGACGGCUUGUUCUUCAUGUGUCACUCUUCCGUCAAGGGUGAACUCGAGCUGUCCAAUGCCAUCCUAAGUGCGGCUGCGGUCCAUGGUGUAAAGUACGUGGUGUACUCUGGUGUGGAUCUGAGCGGUACAGAAAAGACCGGAAUCGACGCAUUCGAUGUCAAGCGUGACGUGUGGGCCCACCUGCAAACACUGCCUUUGAAGUCUACCUUCCUGGGCCCAGCCGGGUUCCUCGAGACCCUCUUCUGGCCUGGCUUCCCAGCCCAAACGCAGUCAUGGCCCAAGGACUAUGUGCACAAGUAUAUUGCAACCGACGACAUUGGGCGAGUGGCCGCGCUCUGCUUCGCCAAUCCCGAAAAGUACGCUUCCAAGAAGUUGAUGCUGGCUGGUGAUGCCGAGAUUGGCCGUCUGCCGGCUCCUGAAGAGGACGUUAACCCUUUCGUGGUGCACAUGUUUGGUCAACUCCAAGUGCAUCCAUUUGAAGCCAACCCCACCGAAUGCCGCAGGGAAUUUGGGGGCAUGAUUGACCUCAAGACGUGGCUCACUGAAGUGUACAGGCCUGCUUCGAUAGGGAGAGCAUAUGGCGGACCCAACAGCGAGUAG